AUGCUUGGAGGCCAAACCUUGCUCCUGUGGCGGCCGCCAUCCCUGUCGUCAAUCACCCCUUCCUGCCCAGGACUCAGAACUUUGAUGAGGGGGUUUCCGUUUUUCCAAUGUGGGAUGUACUUGAAAGCCGCAACCUUAAACUGCAUACGAUUUCAGCCUCCUACGCCAGACCUCCACAUGUCAAGUUUCGGCUCAAGCAGAGUGGAGCCUAACAAAACGAUAGCGCCAAAAGCGACGGAGCUGAAGGAAUUCCACAAUCCGCCCCUCCCAGUGACCGCUCCAGGCGAUACCCUGAAUAAAUUAGGACACGAUGGCAACUUAUGCCGCCACUGGACAAUCUUUACUAUUGAAUAA